AUGACUACAAAUGACCCUCAUCAUCAUGAGGAGACUGCGCUACCUCAACAACCUGUGCCAAAGAGACGAAAGGGAAAAAAGAUAAAAAAGCCAUUCCUUCAACGAGUAAAGAUUGGAUGGGAGAAAACAGAUCGCAAACAAAAGAUAAAUUAUGGAAUCACAAUGGGCCUUUCAUUGGCGUCGGCGAUAUGCAACAUUAUGAUCAGCGUUUGGUCCUUUGCUGUUUUCGGAGUAACUAAGGCCGAUUGCCAUCGUAUUGGAAACACAAAAACAUGUCUUUUUGCAUACGUGAAUAACAUUUUUGCCACUUUAGCAGUGAUGGAAUUGGCGAGUGGUCUCAUUUCUGCAGGCCAUGUGGGGUCUUAUAUAUUUGAAAUUGUUUGGUACGCCUCCAAAAUGAAGGAAAAAGGAAGCGCCCUGUCAACUACAGUACUGCUUGGAAAAGGAUUGAUUUCCCUUAUCAUGCUACUUACUUUUAUAACUUAUUGUGUCUAUGCAUUUUCUCUCAGCUGUCCCUCAACCGAUCUUAUUCCUGGUUUUCAGGCAAUUACAAUAUCGUUCGCUGCUGGUUAUGCCGUGUUUUGGCUAGUAGGUACUGUGUUAGGACUUCUCACGUUCCAUUUCAACUACAAUUUGGUUCAAUAUUUGAAAGAGGCCAUUGUUGGAGAAGAUGACGACGAGGAUGACGAAGAGGAAGAGGAUGACAAUGAUUUAUUCGUUGAGGAGGAGAAGAAAUGA